AUGAUAGAGAAUGGUCAACAAGCCACAACCGAGAAUGGUCAACAAGCCACAACCGAGAAUGGUCUACAAGCCACAACCGAGAAUGGUCUACAAGCCACAACCGAGAAUGGUCAACAAGCCACAACCGAGAAUGGUCAACAAGCCACAACUGAAAAUGGCCUACAAGCCACAACUGAAAAUGGCCUACAAGCCACAACCGAGAAUGGCCUACAAGCCACAACCGAGAAUGGUCAACAAGCCACAACUGAAAAUGGCCUACAAGCCACAACUGAAAAUGGCCUACAAGCCACAACCGAGAAUGGCCUACAAGCCACAACCGAGAAUGGCCUACAAGCCACAACCGAGAAUAGACUACAAGCCACAACCGAGAAUAGACUACAAGCCACAACCGAGAAUGGCCUACAAGCCACAACAGAGAAUGUUGUGCAGGCCGAAUAUGAAUAA